AUGCAAAACCAUACAAGGAUAACAAUAUUUAUACUUCGGGGAUUGACAGAUGAUCCACAGUUGCAAGUAUUUCUAUUUGUCUUUAUGUGUCUUACUUACAUUCUCUGUAUAACUGGGAACUUGACCAUCAUCACCCUCACCUUGGUGGAUCCUCACCUUAAAACUCCCAUGUAUUUUUUCCUUCGAAAUUUUUCCUUCCUAGAAUUACUAUUCACAACUGCGUGCAUUCCAAGAUAUCUAUAUAAUAUAUCAACUGGUGACAAUAGUGUGACCUAUAAUGCAUGUAUAACACAAAUAUUUUUUGUCACUUUCUUGGCUUCAACAGAAUUUUUCCUUUUGUCUGUCAUGUCUUAUGAUCGCUAUGUGGCCAUCUGCAAACCUCUGCAUUACACAACCAUCAUGAACAGCAAAGUCUAUAACUUCCUCCUCCUGAGUUGUUGGGUGAGUGGGCUGAUAGUUGUCCUCCCACCACUUAGUGUCUGUCUUCAACUGGAAUUCUGUGACUCCAAUAUCAUUGAUCAUUUUGGCUGUGAUCCAUCACCACUUCUGAAGAUCUCCUGCUCUGAUACAAGUUUCUUAGAUAGGAUGAUUUUAAUCUUUGCUGCGGUGUUACUAAUCAUCACCUUAGUGUUAGUGGUUCUAUCUUAUGGACACAUUAUUCACACUAUUCUGAGAUUCCCCUCUGUCCAGCAAAGGAAGAAAGCCUUUUCUACUUGCUCCUCUCAUAUGAUUGUUGUCUCCAUGACUUAUGGAACCUGCAUCUUCAUCUAUAUCAAGCCUCCUAGAGAGGAACAUCUUGCUUUGAACAAGAUUGUGUCAGUACUUGUGACCUCAGUUGCCCCUGUGAUGAACCCUUUUAUUUAUGCCCUCAGGAAUAAGCAAGUAAUACAAGCCUUUAAGGACUUAGUCAAAAGAAUCACACAUUUCUCAAAGAUAUAA